GUAUGUGCAUAUAAUCGACGCAACAACUUUGCUAGUUUUUGUUUAGCCGAGCUUCCCCUGUUAUUUGAGAUGUUUGACAUAUUGUUGUCUGAUAAAUGUAGGGGUCACCGGGAUUUGCAUCUCUUAUGAUUUGAACCCACGCCAUACCGAGUGAUAGUUACAAUCUCAGCAUUGUUCUGAUACGACCCACUCUUAUACAUAUGUAUGUAGUUAGAUAAAUAUGGAAUUCUGUUUGUAUAAAUGAAUACUUCCGAAUAAAGCAAAAUCGUAUGAGACAUGGUCGCGACGGUGAGAAUUUCUUAUAAAACAAAUUUUCUCUUACUUCCUUUACACUAAACAACGGCUUCAGCGAUAAGCGUUGUAUGUUGUUGUAGGUGAGUCGCUAGCGAAAACUACUACAAUCCUAAUUCAAAACGCUCAGUAUUGUUUGAACAUUCGAUGGCUAAUGGUGCUAGUCUGGGGGACUACCGUCAAUACGAGUUGUUAAUAUUAAGAUUCUGUUUAAUCGCUUGAAAUUUUUAAAACGGACUAGAUUAGCGUUAGUAAGUGAAAAAGUCAAUCGUUGAAACUAGUGUUAUUCAUUAUUUUUUAUCACAAACACCGACAAGUAUACAUAUACAAGCAGCAAUAUACUUGUACGAUGGGUUGCGUAUGCGAGAUAAUUGGUCUUGCGUGUCUUUUGGGCCUCAUCUUAAGUUUCUCCUCCAAGGCCCCAUACCAGCUUAAAAUGGCAACUUUCAUUAUUGGAUCUGGAGCUAUCGUACUUAUUUGCAUACCCCUUAUGAUAUUAAGGCCGCGGGACUAUCGGAACGCAUUUAUACCUGCAUGGGGCUGUCGACAGCUUUGCAAAGCGCUGGGCGUUACAAUGGAAGUACAAGGUUUUGAAAAUAUUCGGGCGGAACACGGCGCUGUAGUGCUUAUCAAUCAUCAAAGUUUUCUUGACUUGUGCGGAUUAGCAUAUUUAUGGCCAGUAAUUGGGCGUGCAACGGUAGUGUCGAAAAAAGAAGUUCUGUUCUUUCCUUUCUUUGGGUUCGGUGCUUGGCUUUGGGGGACUCUAUUCAUUAAUCGCUCUAGCAAGAAAGAUUCCAUCAGUACAUUGCAGAAGGAGUCCAAGGCUAUCCAAGAACGGAAUUGUAAACUUUUGUUUUUCCCGGAGGGCACGCGCAACACUAAAGAAACAUUGCUGCCAUUCAAAAAAGGUCCUUUCCAUAUUGCUCUUCAAAGCCAAUGUCCUAUCCAACCGGUGGUUAUAUCUAAAUAUUAUUUUCUAAAUCGUGAGAAGAAAUCGUUCCGUCCUGGACAUGCCAUCAUUAACAUCCUACCUGAAAUUCAUACAGCUGGAUUUGGUGUAGAGGAUAUGGAUAAAAUUAUUGAAUCCACCAGGAAUGCCAUGGAGAUUGAGUAUAAAAAUGUAUGUCAAGAAAUACGAAGACGUGGACAUUAGUUAUUUUAAAAAGUAUAUACUUAUAUACAUAUAUAUGUAUAAACUUUGAUUGUAUAUACAUAUACCAUAUAUAUAGGACUAUAUAUGUAUCUACUUAUAUUAAUAUAUUUUACAACUUUAUAUAUAAUUAUGUAUUUAAAUAUACUGCCAAAGGUUCUACAUACAAUGGUAAAGGAGUCUAAGACCUCUGGUAAAUGCAAGAAUGAAGACUUUUAUAACUAUUGUGCUACAAUAAUAUUAAACAAACUUAUAGUUUUUUAUAAAAAGAAUAAAGCGGAAAUGUUUUAGAAUUAUCUUGCAUAUAUCUACAAAAAUAAAUAUAGAAAUAAUAAGACGUACCUAAACAUACGGAUACAUAAAAUAAUGAAAUUCAAUGAAUAAAUUGUUUCCUUUUAUUUCCCUUUAUUUUAAAAUAUUGGUUUCAUAGUUUGUAUUCAAUUACAACUCAACUACAUUUUCUGGACUAAAAUUGAAAAUUACCAAAUACCAUCCCUAGUAUGUACAUACUUCAUAUAAAUGAUCAGUGUGAAGAACUGUGUCGAUUUAGCCAUGUCAGUCUGUCUUUAUAUACCCAAACUAGUUCCUCCGAUUUUUAGAUAUCCGAUUUGAAAUUUUGCACACGUCCUUUCCUCUCCAAGAUUCAUUCAUUCAUUCAUUUACCGGAACCGCCGAUAUCAAACGCCUAUAGCAAAUAGCUGCCAUACAGGUUCUUGUAUGGACAAAUUUUUUAUUUGGCGAGAUAUCUUUACGAUAGUCUAAGAGCCAGUAGACGGCAGAGUGUAUGUAUGUAGUUUACCAAAGGUGAUAUUUUGCUCAAAGAUUCUCCUAUACCUAACCUACAUAAGAUCGGUAGCCACUAAGCGCAGCGAAAGUAGCUAUAACGUCACUAAGGUAAUAUAGGCACGUAAAUUAGAAGAGUUUUGAAAGUAUUUCAACAAAGCUAUAUGAUCAAACCUAUUUAAGAGUACAAUGAAUGCGACGCCCAAAAGAAUCGUAGACCAUGUAAUUUAUUACCACGUUUUGAAAAUUAGGAAAAUAAAAAUAAAAAAGUAUUUUAACAAAUCUGAUUUUUAUAUAUAAUAUUUUUAAUACUUUUAUUAGCUUAUUUUUUAAACGGCAGUCGUUUUGUCCGGUUGCUACAGUCGUCUGCCUUACGGUGUAAGUAUAUGUUACUACUGCAAUUUAUAGAUUUAAUAUACAUAUUAUGUACUACAUAACUCCAAUGCCAUUUAAGCUAAAUCAACCAAACUUGCUCAGAAUAAAUAUGUUUUAUAUUCUCUUUGAAAUUGUAAAAAUGGUUGAGAUUGGAUUAGAACCUUCCCACUCCCCAUUUAACGGUUAUAUUGAAACCUACUAUAAGUGCAAUAACUCAAUAAAUGAAAGUGUAAAACA